AUAAGUAAACAGAAACACAAGUAAUGUAGAACGCGUGAUAAAUAUUUAUGUUUAUGUUUACAAAACUGUUUCGUUCAAAACGUUUAGCAAGCAUAUAAUGCCACUCCAAUAACUGCGACUAAAGUGAAGGUAACAGAGGUAACUAUAUCGUUUACUUAAAGAGAACGCAGAAACAGAUGAAGAUUGAGGUACGCAAUUUGAGUGACGUUUGAGGAUGUGUUGAUGUUGUGGUGGAAUGAGACGUUUGUCUCUUUGGCUGUGGAACGAUUUAGCUAUUAAUGUUCCUUUCCCAUAUUUCAUACACAUAUUUGAAGAAAUUUUACGUUCGUGGUAUCCUCAUGUCAAAAUAAAAACGUAGUUCAAAUCACUCCUCUGAUGUUCGUCAGUUUGUGUAAAUGUAACAUCAGAGGUGAAGUUUCAUAUCAUGCCGGGCAAUAGAUAUCAGUCUUCUCCUUUGCCCAGCAGAAGCUCUUCUUCGUUAAGCAAUAAUAUUAGGCCAGGCUCACCAUUGCCCGUACCAGUGGGAUAUAGAUUGGACUGUAUGAGUGCUGCAGCGAAACGAUACAAAUACCUAAGGAGACUCGUGAAGUUCCAUCAGAUGGACUUCGAGUUCGCAGCAUGGCAGAUGAUAUACCUAUUCGUUUCGCCCCAACGAGUUUAUAGGAAUUUUCACUACCGAAAACAAACAAAAUCACAGUUUGCAAGGGAUGAUCCAGCAUUUCUUGUUCUCCUGAUGUUUUGGUUGUGUGCAUCAUCUGUUGGAUUUGCCAUUCUUCUGCACUUGUCAUUCUGGGAGUAUUUCAAAUUCCUGCUCUAUGUGGUAUUUGUAGACUGUAUUGGAGUUGGUCUCCUAAUAGCUACUUUUCUGUGGUUUGUUACUAACAGAUACAUGAUAAAACCGUCAUGUCGAGAUCAGGAUGUUGAGUGGGGUUAUGCAUUUGAUGUUCAUCUCAAUGCUUUCUUUCCUGUCCUGAUUAUUCUACAUGUGUUCCAACUGUUUUUCUACAGAGCUUUUCUGUAUCAACCCUGGUUCGUGGCCAGAUUAUUUGGAAAUACCCUGUGGCUGAUCGCCCUUGGCUAUUACAUCUAUAUCACAUUUUUAGGCUACAGUUGUUUGCAAAUUCUGCAGAGAACUCAUAUACUUCUUUAUCCACUGACAGUGUUGCUGGCAUUGUAUGUUAUAACAUUGAUGUCUGGUUGGAAUAUAUCUCAAGAUAUGAUGAACUUUUAUGAAAGAAGAGUAACGUAACUGAAGACGUGAAUCAGUGAAGUGUUGAAUAUGUAUAACAUGUAUUAUAACAAAGUAUCAGAGUGGUAACAAAGGAGAUGUUGUAAUGUGACGGUAUUGUCAUAAACAGUGUUCGUGACAUUAACUUUUUGUACCCAAGGCAGUGAAAAAAAAUAAUAAUUUGCCUUAUUUUCGGUAAUGUAAAUUAGUUAAAUUGUUUCUUUUAAUAUGUGAUUGUAAAUAUAUAUUUCAGAGUUUUGAUAUUUGUUGUUACAGUAUAGUGAAAAGUUUUUGCUUUCCCUGAAUUAGGUCUUUCACACAAAUAUAUGCAGUCUUCCAGUUUUGUUACUAUCACUUACAGGUAAGUUUAUUAGAUAUAUGGUGUUUGAAGUGAUCAGAUUAUCACAAAAUGUAUAAUUACAAGAAGCAAUUACAUUUUUAACCAGAAAUCAAAAUAAUUUAUUGUACAAACAUUGCUAUGACUUUUUAUUGCUAAUGAAAACUAGACAAACAGGUAAGAAAUAAACUGUAGUAGCAGUAAUUAAGAUUAUCAAACAGGCAUGUAAUCUUUGAGAGAUCUGGAAAUGUGUCUCAUCAUUGGAAACACUUCAGGGGAAAAAAAGGACCUCUGUAUGUUGUAUCAUUGUUGACAAGCUGAAAUUUAUUAAUACAUAUUUGACAAUAAAAAACA